AUGUCAGAAUCUGCCAAAGUUUACGUAAGACCAGUUGGUUUUGAUGCCCCUCAAGAACAAGUUCAAGAACAUUUUGCCACUGUUGGACCAGUUGUUGAAGUUUUAGUCAUUAAGGACUUUGCUUAUGUCACAUAUGAAAGUCCUGAAGAUGCUCAACGUGCUGUUGAAACUUUAAAUAACAGUACUUUCGCCGGUCAAGAUAUUGUUGUUGAAAUUGCUCGUGAAAGAAGAGAAGAUACUAGAGGUAAAUUUAGAGUUAAGGUUGUUAAUUUACCAGAAGGUACUGCUUGGCAAGAUUUUAAAGACUUUGUUAGAGAAAAGACUACUUUUAGUCCAACUUUUGCUAAAGUCUUUAGAGAUUAUGAUUCCGGUGAAACCGUUGGUAAUUUAGAAUUUAGUUCUGCUGAAGAAUUAGAUCAAGCUAUUCCAUUAUUGGAUAAAGCUGAUUACCAAGGUGCUACCAUCAGUGCUGAAGAAGACACUACUCCAUUUGUUCCACCUCCUCCAAGAAGAGGUGGUUUCAGAGGUGGUCGUGGUGGUUUUGACCGUGGAUUCAGAGGUGGACGUGGUGGUUUUGACCGUGGUGGAUUCAGAGGUGGCCGUGGUGGUUUUGACCGUGGUGGAUUCAGAGGUGGCCGUGGUGGUUUUGACCGUGGUGGAUUCAGAGGUGGCCGUGGUGGUUUUGACCGUGGUGGAUUUAGAGGUGGCCGUGGUGGAUUCAGAGGUGGUCGUGGUGGAUAUGAUAGAGAAGACAGAGGUGAUUUCAGAAGAGAUGAUAGAGAUUCCUAUGUUCGUGACAGAUCUCCAUCCCGUUAUUAG